AUGAAUUGUUAAAUCUGUUUCAUUGAUAAAUAGAUGAUUAAACCUGGAGAUUGUUCUCAUCAAUUUUGCAAGUAAGCAUAUUUAAAUCAAAAAGAGAAUGCAUCAUCAUGUAUUUGAAAGAAACAAUUAAUAAUGGAAGUGUAUUUAAGAUAACUUGUCCUGCAUGUACUAUAGAAUAUAGUGCUUUAAUAAUAAAAUAAUAUUGUGAAGAUCUAUAUCCAAAAUAUUUGGAGUUAAAACAAAAAGCUAUAAUAACUUGUUCUGUACUAGAAAUUAUUAUACAAUAUAGGUUUGUAAAGAGGAUAUAAAAACACAUAAAUGUGGUUCAAAGGUUUGUUCAAAGUGUGGUGAAAUUCAUACGGGAUAUUGUAGCUAAAGAUGCCCAAAUUGUUUGAUUCCUAUAGAGAAGAUUAGUGGAUGUAAUCAUAUGAUUUGUAAAUGUAAAUAUGAAUUUUGUUGGAUUUGCAAAGGAAAAUAUAGUAAAUAUCAUUAUAGAUUAUGGAAUUUAUUUGGAUGUCCAUGUAAUAUAUCAAUUUAUUAAAGUUCCUGGAUCAAUGAUGAGAACUAUAGAACCUUUAUAAAAUCCAAUGUUAUUUCGUUUACUUAUGAUUUUACCCAAAAUCUUAGCAUUUAUGCUUUUAUUUUGCAUCUUGCUUUUAAUAUAUCCAUUUUUUUGUUUUAUAAUCACUGUUAAAUUCCAUUAUCAAUAAUUUAAAAUCAAAAAGUAAUCCAUAUAUUAAAAAUUAUAUUAGAUCUAGAAUUUUAUUGGUAUUUCUAUUUCCAUUGACUUACUUGAUGCAUUUUUUUUAUAAAGGAAUAUUUGCUGUGCAGCAUAAAUUACAUUCUCUUAGUUGA